AUGUCCUUGCUAUUUUUCUUUGUCGGCUUGGCAGCAGGCCAAGACAUCAUAUUGCCAGUUAUUCCGCGGCAGAUUCCGCGGAGGGUCGGGAUUGUUAAUGAAUCUCCAACUCCUGGGCCUUGGGUCGUCUAUGAGUUGAAAAUGUUCUUUUCCACAACCUGUGAUGAGGCUGAUCAAUUGCAGCCAAGUCCUUCCGAUGUUUACGACACGGGCACGCGGCGUGAAACAGAGCUGUUCACCUCCGGGCCAUUUGCUUUUGAUGGGCGCACUUGGACCAAUUGGACAGCAGACUGCAUGGUCCAGCUCGGAGGUUGCUUGUCGCGCUCCGUUGGCAUAGGUGUCGAUAUUACCUACACUGAAGCGUAUGCCCUGGCAUUGGAGGAGCGAGAAAGCCAGUGGACAGUUCUAGGUCCGUUGCUGGAUGCCAUUACAGUGAAGUGUGUUCAUAUUUUCCAGAGCUCUGAUCCACUUCACAAAGCUGACGACAUCACGAUUGUGGAUGGUUUCCUCGACGUGGAAAAUGAUGAGUACACUUACGAAGUGGUGCAGACCUUCCUUGGCGUGAGUGGGGGUGGCUGGUCGCGGCGCCCUCCACCGCUCAACUACCUUUGGCGCCUGCAGAAUGUCCAGGUGACCUUGGGACCGUGGAGCCUCAGCGAGCUGCAGUUCUUUGAGGACGAGCUGUGCACUUGGCAGAUGAACGGCCUGGUUUACUCGCUGGGAAGCCAAAGUCCGAUGGCUGAGGGGGAGCUGAAGGCCUUCGACGGGGACGUGUCCACGGUGUGGACCGCCAAGUGCGAUCCCAUCCCCGGGUCCGAUGCACCGGAGAUCUGGGGGGACGGCCUACGCUUCGACGGCUGCGAGCCGGAGCAGGCCUUUAUUGGCUUGGAGUUCGACUCGGAAAGGACGGUGCGCUGUGUGCGUCUGUUCCAAAGAAACCCGGUGGACCUCUUUGAGAGGGAGCAGCGGCGGUCCUGGACUGCCGGCUUUGCCUUGCAAAGAUGGACAGGGAACGACUGGAAGACGGAGGAGCAGUUCUGGGAUAAAAAUGUGCCGUACGGCUUGUUUCCGCCCACUCUGGAUACCCCAUUCAUUGGCGACGCGCCCGGUGUUUGGGAAGACAUGCGGCCCCCGAAUAAAACAUGCUGGCGCCUCUCCAAUGAUGAUUACACCCGGGGUCAGUGGAAUGUGCUUGAGCUGGAGUUCUACACCAGCGAGUUUUGCGCAGACUUGCCUGAUGCCCGCUUAGAGGGAACCCCACUUUCCAUGCAAGGGCCGGGGAACAUGGAGAUCUACAACGUCUAUGACGGUGAUUUGCGGCAAGACCUGGUGUGGACCUCCAGCUGCUCGCAGGGCUUGGGCCGUGACUCGUGCAUCCCUGGUGAGGCAUGGCUGGGGAUAUAUGUACGCGGGCGUCAGCCUGAUGUGAAAUGUAUCCGAAUUCUGCAGUCCAAGACGCUGGAUGAGCAAUCUGCGUUUGUAUCGCUUCACGUCUACCUGAAUGGCGGUUGGAGCAUACACAGCCAGCAUCCGGAAAUUGGCGGUGGUACAUGGAACCGAAGACCCGCGCCACCGUGGACACUGUGGCGGGUGCGGAACAACAAUCAGAUUGCAGGUCAAUGGCAGGUGGCCGAAAUCCGUGCUUUCAGAGAUCCGCUCUGUUUGGUCCAAAUGACACCAGGUAGGGCCAUUGGAAGCGGAUAUUUUGCAGGCGACGAGCCUGCUGCCGCAUUUGAUGAGGACGCUGCUACAGUCUGGACUGCGAACUGCGAUUCCUGCAAUGAGACACGCAGGUACUGGGUCGGGCAGGAGCUUCCACCCGAUGCUGAGGAUGCUCAAGCUGGUCAGGAUAUGGUGAGAUGCUUCAGAGUCUGGCAGAGUGAACGCCUGGAGCGGCAGAUGGUCAGUGUUCAGGUGCAGAUCUGGAACGGGGAGAUAUAUACUAUGUCGCCCGUGACCGACACGGGGUCGAUGCAUGAGCUUGGAGGAGGUGUCUGGUCCCGGCCAACUGCUAGCUUCAUGACCAGAUGGCGUCUCCUUCCAAAUGUCCCCGAUGACCGCCUUUGGCGCUUGCUGGAAAUCGAGCUCUAUGCGGAUACCGCUUGCAAGCACCGACUGGGGAGGUCUGGCAGCAGAGGUGGUGGUAUUUCCGUUUUGGCUUCCAGUUACCUGGGAUUCGUCCCGUACUUUGACCGUGUUGCGAACGGAAAGAUGUGGUCGGAAGCAGAGCAGCUCAAUGAUCUUGAUACAACCCGAGGGCUCUUAGUGGAGCACAAGCCCAGCCAAUCUCGUCCUGGCUUUGUUGGCGUAGAUUUUCUCUCCAGCUCUGUUUGGGUGCGGUGUGUGAAGCUGAUGCAAGGCUCCAUGCCCUUGGAAUACGUGCCUUCAGUCCGUCUGGAGCUCUGGGAUGGCAAGGAGUGGCGCAGCGAGGACCCGGAGAUGUCCCCAGUGGAGGUCCAGUUGGAUGGGUUGGGCGGUGGAGGUUGGCAGCGGAGACCCGCCCAGCCGGGGUCCAUGUGGCGCGUGGAGAACGCCGACGUAGUGCCGGAGGGCUGGGCGGUCUACGAGGUGGAGUUUUUCACCAACAGCGACUGCUCCAGUGGAAGGCUUGUCGGGGAUGUCAUUGCAAGUGGCUAUGUUCCGCCCAUGGAAGAUAGAGGUCCAGAACAUGCAUUCGAUGGGAACACUUCGACCAUAUGGAUGUCUCAGUGCUGUCCAGUGGAAAUCUUUCACCAUCCAAUUGGAUUUGAAACAGUUCAGUUCCGAGUUGGCUGUAAUGCCAGUGAUGCCUGGAUUGGUCUCGACCUAGGAGAGACUGUGGUGCAGAAUGUCAGGUGUGCUCGCAUUUUUCAAGCAGGUUAUGAGUUGAUGCAGAGCGGCACUGUGGACAUUUCAAAGUGGGAUGGCACAAAUUGGGCCAAGCACUGGCAAAUGGGUGGCCUGGGAGGCAGCGAGUGGAAUCGCAGACCAGCAGCAAUCAACACCAUGUGGCGUUUGCAGUACUUGUCCCGAAAGGAUGAGCCGUGUCCAACCCAGCUUGCGCGCAUCAUGCACCGACCCUGGGGCAUCUCAGACCUCAAGCUGUUUAGCGACGACACGUGCCAGACCCAGAUAACGGGCGGAACUCCCAUUACAUCUGGCAGCUUUGAUUUCUUCUCAUCAACCACAGUUGAUCAGCCUUCCUAUGCGAGCUCAAGAAUUGUGGACGAGGAUCCACUGACAACUUGGGCCGCCAACUGUAGGACUGGUUUCAACUACAUUGCUACAGAGAAGACAGACUGCACGGGUGCCUGGGUUGGGAUGCAGUGGUCGGUUUCAUAUGAAGUGCGCUGUGUCAAGAUAGUGCAGUCCCGCUGGGAGUCGGCCAGAUGCUGUGACGCUGCAGAUGUGCUUGAGCUACAGAGGUGGAACGGGUCCAACUGGGUCGAGGCGUCUUGGUUUCGGGAGCCGCCGCAGCCGGCGAUUCCCACCCAGUACAAUAUGAGAGCCCCUGUCCAUUUGGGAGCAGAGUUUCGGAACGUCGGUGAAUGCCCGUCCCGUCUCUCUGGGUUGCGCAUCUUUGAGCAGGCGGUGGUGGAGCAGCGGUCACGCAAGGACAGUGAGAAGUGCAUCGUGAAGCUGACAGGGGCCGUGCCACUGCUAGCAGAGCCAUAUUGCAUCAAGCACCCAAAAUGCGUAGAUGUUUUUGGCGCUAGUGGCACAUGCUGCCCUAUAGGCGAUUUGAUCCAGAGUGAAAACAGGUGUUGCUGCAGCUUUAUGGGUGGGGAACCAAUUUUUGCAGACGAAACUAGUAUCACAGAUACACGUGACAAGCUGAGCUUUGAGUACGCCACCAUUUGGAUGUCCAACGUCCUGCCCUGGCUUGGCCUGGGGGUUACUAUCGCUUUGUAUUUGGCUGCUGUUCUUCUGCCGGCAGAUGCAGAAUCUCGUGCCAAAUAUUGGGUGCGGAGUGACAUUGGGUCGAGGGAACGACAUGCUCGGAAGCGACUCUUUCUGAAGCGAUUGGUGGUGGUGCCAUCUUGGCCGCUGCUUGCUUGGAGAAGCUUCCUGGCAACCAGCAAGUCUGAGACCAGCAAGAUCAUCCGCUGGUUCAUUUUGCCCAACGGCCGCAAUCCACGGCCCUUGGAGCUUUACAGGUCUCUGCUCUUCCUGGUGCUUGGCUCGGUCUUGAGUGGGAUGGCACCCUGGCUGUUGCUCGGGGCGAUCUUUGGGGAGAUGAUGAUCGGGUGUGCUCUCCAACUGUGCCAGGUGAUCCGAUACUUCAAGUCGCCUUUCGACCCACUGGACUUGAGAGACAUGCACCUUAGGCAAGAGGUGUCGAGAGUCAAGGUCAAGCAUGACGACGGCAUGGCCUCGGCAAUGGAUGUGGCCACUAAUGUGGCUGCGACAUUUGUGUUCGGCCUGGCAUACUUCGGCAAGUUCAUCUUUGAUCUCUUGAUUGUUCGGGCGCAGAUGUUGUCCUUCGAGGCCAUCGACAACAUCGAGGCGGACCGGGUGGUGGAGCUCUUUCCCGGGCUGUUGGAGACCUUGCGAGAGCCCGCCAUGCUGCUGUACGACAUGAUGUAUGCCACCAGUCAGGCCAUCUCCUGGAGCUUGGGCCGUUUGGUCGGCAUCCCGCUCUGCGAGGGCUCCUGCGCCCUCGCGGGCUCGGUGGCGCUGGUCAUGAUUUUGUACGGGGCAUCUCAGUGGCUGAACUACGACCUCUUCGGGCUUUUUGUGGGAGCACGGCAGGUGGUCCGAGCCACGCGGCCGGAGUGCCAAAGGGUGCUCGCGCAGAGCUUGAUCCUCUUCUGCUUGAGUGCCUCAUUCGCAGCUGUACAAAUGACAAUGGUUCUCUUUACAAGAGCCCUUGCUUUUGCCAACCCAUUUGUCGUAUCGACCUGGGUUUGUGAGUAUGAUGACACCCUGGCCAUUUUUGUCGGGCGACUUUUGCUCACAGGGUCUUCUCUGGUCGGAUUGAUAUUUGUAUUUCUUUGCGUUAAUGGCCACUUUAUGGGUCAAGACUACAUCACAGAGCGUGUGGCCAAUUUUCUGGGAAUAGACUUGACUGCUCUCGAUCCAGAUGGCGUCGGAGAGGAAGGCGGCAUGUUCCGCUUGAAUGUUUUUGGAGCAGCGAUGCCUACCUUGUUUGGGGUGUGGUGGGAUCCCUGGAACAUCGACGCGUACUUGGUCCAUGAGCGGGCACAUGUUUAUUCAAUGGAGUUGCGGGACCCCCAGGCCUGCAAGAGAUGCGAAAAGAUUCAUGUGCAAUACGAACUCAUGAUGACUGCAACGGGUCGAACCGUGAGUGCGGCUGUGCAGAUUGUGCCAUAUGGGGCAGUCGUGGCGAAGGCAUGCGAGUACCUAAACGAUCCCCCUUUGGUUUACAUUGGGAACAAGAUGAGCUGCUUAAAGAUGAGAAAGCUGGAAAGAUAUCCCGCACCAAGGAAGAAGAAUGUGAUACUGCGCACCUACAUGCUCAUUGCUGAGAUUCUUGCCUAUUCUGUGGAAUACUUGGUUCCGUUCUUGAGAAGGCUCACCAGUGUUGGCAUGUUGCUGUACUUGAGCUUGGGGACCUUUACUCUGACGGAGAACAACUUGGCUGCGCAAGGCACAUACGUGAUCAUCGCAGGCUUCACCUUGUCCUUUGUCAAGGCGUCCUUGGAAAGAAUCAUCCCCGCUUUGCUGAAGUACGGCCUGACAGGCAUUUACUUUGCGUUGAGCAGUGCGGAGGGGAAGGUGCACCGCGCAAAUAAUCUCGCCCGGACGAUCACAGGCCAAGUGCUCUCGGGUUCUCUGGCUGCGUCGUAUCUUUCAGGAAGCCUGAUUUCUGCAGGGUGGGCUUCCCUGUUCGAUGCGAUCAUCAUCAGCUCCAGCUUGGGAUAUGCCUUCAGCCUGAUCACUCUGAUAAUCAACGCAGCGCUGGAAGACUCUGCCCCAGAGGUGGGCGAUCCGCCCAAGAGGAAGAGCAUGAUGCAGCUUGUUGGCAAGAUAAUCUUUGCCCUGCUCACGGGGGGGGCGUUGGGAGCUGUUCUCCUCUAUGCCGGUGAAGCCGGCCUUUGGUGGGACAACCCGGUGACGGAUGUGUACAAUUUCAAGAAAAACUUGGGAGAUGGAGAUCGCUGGACGGUGAGAGACAGCAUUGGCUUGAGCUUUAUAGCAGUUGCAAUUCAGUUCUUGGUAUUGCGUGUCAUACUGGUGGAGAAUCAGCAGCCGAUCAACGAGCAGGUGGAGCGGGAGGCGCCUUGGCGACGCUCCCCCACACGUGUGGUGCUGCGAUCUAUGUACUUUUUCCCAGGCAUUGCAGCAAUUCCGACUUGCACUCUCAUAGCGACCUUUCUUACUGAGUGGCUUGCUGUGCCUCUGAACCUAUCCCCGCUAUACAAGCAGUUUCUUCUCAGUUCAAUAGGCAUCGUGCUGGCCAACAUUUCAGGGCUUACCAUUCACAGGCUUAUGGACAGCUUUCCGCAGUUGAUGGGCUUCUUUGCAUGCGUCCUUUCAGCGUGCGUGCUGUGUCCCUGGAACUUUCUCUUUGGUGCUUUUACCGCAGUGUGGAUUGGCGUCGCAGUAGGAAGCAUCUUAGAAGAAGUGAUCCUUCGGCGCACCUUGCAGCGGGAAAUCAAGCGCCGCGAAGCCACUGGCGAGGAUGACAUGGCCUUCUUCGAUCACAAGCGUGCGGCCUGCAUGGAGGAGUGGGAGAAGCUUGAGGACGAAGACACGGCCUCAGAGCAGGAGCCAGAGCCUGGAAGGGAAGACAAGCUGCAAACAUUGCUGGAGAUUGCAGCGGCAGGGCAAAGCCCCAUCGACUACGUCCGAGAGGCCUCGGGGGACUAUGCACUGGAACCGGAGCCACCGCUCGGCUCAGGCUCGGCCUCACACUCAGGCUCGGACUUGGGCGAGAGUAUGCUGGCAGAUGGCUUGGAGUCGGAGACGCAGUCAACUCAUGGCGGUUUACUCUCCAAGAAAGGCUCCUGGAGCUCAGGGAUGGUCGAGCCGCCGCCUUUGCCAUUGCCGGAGGGCUCUGACUCGCCGAGAUCUCAGCGCGGCGAGGUGCAGGUGGCUCGAGAACCUUCGACAGAGCCGGUAGAAGCUCCGAAGGACAGCUUCCAGGCCAUCAAAGAUGACGCAUCGGAAGGCAGAUCGGGAGAUUUAGAUGCACCAGAGCUGCGGGAUGCAGCGGCUGACGAAGACAUUCCAGUUCCGAUGGAGAUUGUCGUAGCAACUGUGAGUCAUCCCAGCGACAUUGCGCCAGAGACGCAGGAUGGAAGCAACUCUACGAUAGUGCCGGUCACAGAGAGUGCAAUUACACUACCAGGAGAGAUUGACCCAGAUGCUGCUAAGUUGGCAGAAGAAGCCCGGAGAGAACACCUCCAAGCAGCAGCUUCGAGGCCAGCAGCAGAGGUGAAUCCAGUGCUGAGAGGCAUACGCCCUCAGCGUCAAGACCUUUGGUCGAGGGUUCACGGCGCGCGCCAGCCGCGCGCUGUGCCCUCUUUGAGACCUACUCAGCAGAGGGCAUCCAGCCAGCCCUCCAGGAAGCGAUGA